CCCCUCUGCGUUGGGUUUCGCGCAUCUCGGACUUCUGUCACCAGGUAAGGGUAUCCUGGAAACUCAUCUAUCGUUGGCUGAGGCAAACAAAACCCAGGGGAUCCAGAGACCUUCCGGGUACGUAGAGGGGAAAGGGGUGAUCCGUCUCCGAUCAGACGAGCCCCCACGACCGUCAGCCCGAGUUCACAAAGCAGCUGUUCCCACUGGGGGGCCCGGAGGAAAGGGGGUGACGAUGGGAGACGGCGAGCGACUACAAGCCCCAGCAUGCAGUGCGCAGCUUGGCUGUGGGAGCGCGGCCCGGGGCGCAGCGCCCCCCGGCUUCCGUCCAGGAGCCCGGCCGAGUGCGAGGUGCCGACUGUUGGCCGGCCAGGACGCUCAGAACCAGAAAGACACCCUCUGGUGUCGGGUCCAUGACGCCUGCUGUUUCGGGGCAGCCUGGCAUGCCGGGGAGUGGGCUCGCGGGGCCAGCCCGCUGGCCCGGCCGGCGUCGGCCCUCCACCGCCCCAGAACCUCCUGCGCCGCUGCCGGACGACUACCCGGAUGUGACGCGACGUGGAGGAAGAAGGGAGAGGCGGAGCGUGGCGCGGUGACGUCCUCCCAAGAUGGCGGAGAGAGAGUGAGGAAACUGUGUUCCCGCUUGGGUUGCUAGCGAUCAAGAGUAAAAGUCCAUUCUGAUACCAAAAUGCAGUAUUCGCACCACUGUGAGCACCUUUUAGAGAGACUGAACAAACAGCGAGAGGCAGGUUUCCUUUGUGACUGCACCAUAGUGAUUGGGGAAUUCCAGUUUAAGGCUCAUAGGAAUGUGCUAGCGUCUUUUAGCGAGUAUUUUGGUGCAAUCUACAGAAGCACAUCUGAAAACAAUGUCUUUCUUGACCAGAGUCAGGUGAAGGCUGAUGGAUUUCAGAAACUCCUGGAGUUUAUAUACACAGGAACUUUAAAUCUUGACAGUUGGAAUGUUAAAGAGAUUCAUCAGGCUGCUGACUAUCUCAAAGUGGAAGAGGUGGUCACUAAAUGUAAAAUAAAGAUGGAAGAUUUUGCUUUUAUUGCUAAUCCCUCUUCUACAGAGAUAUCUAGUAUUACUGGGAACAUUGAAUUGAACCAACAGACUUGUCUUCUUACUCUACGAGAUUAUAACAAUCGAGAGAAAUCAGAAGUCUCUACAGAUUUAGUUCAGGCAAAUCCUAAACAAGGGGCAUUAGCAAAGAAGUCAUCUCAAACUAAAAAGAAGAAGAAGACUUUCAACUCUCAGAAAACAGGGCCGAAUAAAACCGUGCAAUAUCCCAGUGACAUUUUAGAGAAUGCAUCUGUUGAAUUAUUCCUAGAUGCAAAUAAAUUGUCUACACCUGUAGCAGAACAAGUUGCACAAAGAAAUGAUAAUUCAGAACUUGAAUUGACAUCAGUUGUGGAAAAUACCUUUCCAGCACAAGAUACUGUGCAGACUGUUACAGUGAAACGGAAACGUGGAAAGUCACAGCCAAACUGUGCCCUGAGAGAACAUUCUCUGUCUAAUAUAGCCAGUGUCAAGAGUCCUUAUGAGCUGGAGAACUCUAGGGAGGAGCUGGAUGAGAGGUACUCCAAGGCCAAGCCAAUGUGUAAUACAUGUGGGAAGGUGUUUUCAGAAGCCAGCAGCUUGAGAAGGCACAUGAGAAUACAUAAAGGAGUCAAACCUUACGUGUGCCACCUGUGUGGAAAGGCAUUUACCCAGUGUAACCAGCUGAAAACACAUGUAAGAACGCAUACAGGUGAGAAGCCAUACAAAUGUGAACUGUGUGAUAAAGGAUUUGCUCAGAAAUGCCAGCUAGUCUUCCAUAGUCGCAUGCAUCAUGGUGAGGAAAAACCCUAUAAAUGUGAUGUAUGCAAUUUACAAUUUGCAACUUCUAGCAACCUCAAGAUUCAUGCAAGGAAGCAUAGUGGAGAGAAGCCAUAUGUCUGUGAUAGGUGUGGACAGAGAUUUGCUCAAGCCAGCACACUGACGUAUCACGUCCGUAGGCAUACUGGUGAAAAGCCUUACGUGUGUGACACCUGUGGGAAGGCAUUUGCUGUCUCCAGUUCUCUUAUCACUCAUUCUCGAAAACACACAGGUGAAAAACCAUACAUAUGUGGUAUUUGUGGGAAAAGUUUUAUUUCCUCAGGAGAGCUCAACAAACACUUUCGAUCCCAUACAGGAGAAAGACCGUUUAUCUGCGAAUUAUGUGGAAAUUCUUACACAGAUAUCAAAAAUUUAAAGAAGCACAAAACAAAAGUCCAUUCUGGUGCAGAUAAAACUCUAGAUUCCAAUGUAGAGGAUCAUACUUUGAGUGAACAAGAUUCCAUACAAAAAAGUCCUUUGUCAGAAACUCUGGACGUAAAACCUUCUGAUAUGACUUUACCUCUGUCUCUUCCACUUGGCACUGAAGAUCACCAUAUGCUUCUACCUGUCACAGAUAACCAGUCUCCUACAGCAGAUACAUUGUUGAGGUCAACUGUGAACGGGUAUUCAGAACCACAAUUGAUUUUUUUACAGCAGUUAUACUGACUUGGUGAGGAAUAUGGAAUUGCUAAGAUGUUUUUGGCAGUAAAUCAAGCAUCUCUGGUAAUGUGCAUAUAUUCAUAUUAGAUUUCCAUUCAUUCAAGUUGUGACCAUUAUUUUUCAUUCACUGGAGUAAAAGCAAACCUGAUUCUGCAUCAUAACUACAAUGUUUAUUUUUGAUUUUUGGCUUUUAUGUCUUAUACAUUCAGCUUUUUACAGAAUGAAUUAUACUAGGGUAGUACUAUUUUGGGUAGAUAAGUUUUAAUUUUAAUUGCCUUAAUUCCUUUUUUUAUGUUGCAUUUUAGAAUUACCCUUCAUUUACUGAAGGAGAAUUUGUUGGUUUACAUGAUUUAGUUUGACUUGUGGGUUUUUUUUUAUUUCCUUACCCAAAAAAUGUAGGCAAAAUCCAUAAGAGUAGAAGCCCAAGAGUGUUGCUGUUUGUGAACUCCAUUGACCAAUAUAUAAACUAAAAAAGUUCGUAUUUCUGCCUAUGAAAUUUAGGUACUAAAUAAGAAUUGUGCUAUUUCUCUAUUAAUAUAUUCCUUUAGAAGUAAUUUUUCUAAUGAAACAAAUGUUUCUUAAAAGCUAGAAAACUGUAAAUAUAUUUUCCUUCAUUUAAAAUUAGUAUUCUGAAGAAAACCAACGGUCAGUACUUUUGGUUUGAGUUAUUUGAGACUGUGCUUUCAAAAUUUUAAAUAGAUAUUUGAUGUUUUUGUCAAAAGUUUCAGAAUUUGAUUGAACUUAUGUUUUAAUAGAUUCUAGAUUACUGGAAUUGAAAAUAUGGUGAGUUUUGAAAAUAUUUUGAUAAGCUCUUUUAUGCCUAUUAUGCACUUUUUAAAAUAAAUAUUCUAAAAAGUUUCUAGACAUAAACUUUAUGCAUAUUAGAAAUCACCUGGCUUCUAAAUUUGAUACAUUAUAUUCCAUAAACAGUUAAGAAAUUAACUUCAGUUAUAAGUAAACAUUUUGGGUUAUCAGAAAGUCAGUUAAUAAAUAAAACUUUUUUUCUAUAAACUUUGGGCUUUUAAAUUUUGUAAGUUAAUCCACAACUUUCUGUUGUUGGUUGUCAUAGUUUCACUGUGGUCCUUUUCCUUUGAAGUGAAUGUAGAAAUAUUCGCUACCACUCUUCCCCAUCCUAUUUUCCACAUACUAAUUUAUUUCACAGCCUGAUCUUUGGACAUUAAAUUUUCAGUUCCACAAAGGCAGUCUAUACAGUGUUGAUCAAACACCACGGUGACAUUAUUUCUUAUUUCUGCCAUGCAUUAGUUGUGGCUUAUUUGUUUCCUGGUUUUAAACUACACUUGUAAUAAAGUUAAUGUGUUUUUUAUUGGUAUUGGUUUCAAUUGCAAUUUUCUUGAUUUGGGGUCCAAGUCAUAGAAGCUAAUUAGAGAGUAUAAUGAAAACACUUACUUCUUGUGGAGCUCUUUACCAUUGCACAACACACAAAGCAUUUUCACAGUUUAAAUUGCCACCAGUGGGACAGACUUAAUUGAAGAGAGUUUGAAAUACUGCUUUUGUAUACUAGAAACCAAAUAUUUGGUUAUUUAACAAAUCUAUGCAUGUGUUCUAAGUAAUGUAUUAAAAGUUAAUAUAACUUAAAAAGUUAUAAAAUGUUCAGCUAAUCUACUCUGGCUUAAAUAUGAUAGGAAUUCAUUGGAAUGUGAUGAAAUUAAAAUUUAAAAAUUAAAAAUUAAAGAAAAUUAGAAGGCAUGGCCUCUUUAAGAAGCUACUAAAAUGAAAAAGUUGUGUUUAAAAUUUGUAUCUUCAUUAAUCCAAGCAGCUAAUGAACAAAAGAAAGAUGUCAUAAUUCUAUAAGGGCAAUAGUUGGCAAGGUUCCUCUAAUAUAAUAAUUUGCAUUUUGUCUUUAAAUAGAUUAACCUUCAAAUUUGUUCUUUUUAGUAUUUGAUAGUACUAGAGUGGCUAAGGUUGAUUGAUAGUGCUUUUUAUCAUCACAUUGGCUUAGCUAAGUAACUGUUUUAAAUUGACAUGGCUUGAGUCUUGAUCAGUAUCAUCUGCUCUUCCAGAAUGCCAAUGUAAAGGGAGCUUGCAAACUAAGUAUCCCUUAUCAUCUCAUACUGCUAUGUGCUGUUAUCAUAAUAUGCAUUUACUUAGGUUGUAUGUAUCCAGUGUCAUUCUGACAAUCAUUAUCAUUUUGGUCAUGUCCAUCUUUAGAUAUAUUUGUUAUAAUCAAUGUUUUGGGAAAGGUCUAUUCUUAAAUUAUUUAAGUAUUACAAAGUUUUUUGAACAUCUUUAAAAUGCUGGAUUUCUUUCUGAAAAACAAAAUAUUUUCUAAAUGAAUAUAAUUUUGUAUUUGUAUUAGAUUAUUCCUAAUGUAUUGCUAGAUUUUAGACUUUUUUUAAAGGAAAUUCUAGGUUAUGUAUAAAUUAUUUUUGAUAUUUUUUAAUGGUACUUGUUUUAUGUUUAAUUUCACAGGAUGAUUUUGAUAGACAAAUUUUGGAAAAUUUUUUUCCCCAAAUUUCUGUCAGUCCAUUGCCACAGUUGUUUAUCAUUUCUGUAUGUUUUAGCCAACAGAAAAUAUGCAAAUGAGUAUGUAAAAUAGGCAACGUACUAAUUUCUAAAAAUCUCCUGGACUAAUAGUUACAACACUUAAGCAUACCAGAAACAUGGUUAGGAAAUAACAAUAUUCAGGCCACUCUACCUGAGACCUGCUGCAACAGUCUACUGGGCACGUACAUUUGCAGGAGCCCCACAUGUGAUAUUAAUAUGUACCAAAUAUUGAGAACUAUUAAACACUUCUUGGUGUUCCGCCUUUUGGAAAGCAGAUAAAAUGAAUGAAACUCUUCAAUGUACCUUCCCAUUUUUUAAUGGAGAUUUGAGUCCCUUGAACUUGGCUAGAAAUAUCACCCAAAAAAGAAACUCUAUUUAUGUGUACUCUUUAAAUUCUACAUUUCACUCAUUAUUUGUAAACCACAUUGAGAUCUAGAAGUACUUGGGUCCUUACUACCCAUAUGAGAGACCCAGUCUGAAUUUCAGGCUCCUGGCUUUGGCCUGGCCCAGCCCUGACUAUUGCAGGCAUUUGGAAGAUCUCUGUCCCUUUGUGUCGCUUUGCCUUUCAAAAAAACAAAACAAAUAUUUAAAAAAGAUAACUGUAAUUACCUUUACUUAAAUGCUAUUUCACUACUUGGUUGUAUUUUCCAUUGUAAAAGGAAUUAAAUGGGUUCCUAGGCUUAUUUCUUCAAAGUUAAAAUUUCAGGCUAUCAUAUUUCUUGUAGAAAAUUACAGGUUUUUUCACAAUGCAGUUUAAUAAAG